GGUUGGGGACCGCUGGGUGGAACCUGCAGCCCGUGUUCCCGCGCUCCAGCCCAGCCGGGGGCUCCGGCGCGCGACGUCACCGCGAGGCGACUUCUGGUGGCGUCGGGACCGCGCGUUUCGCCAUGCUGCGCUUCGUGCGGCCGGCGGCGCGGGUCUGGCUUGGGCCUUCGGGUUGCCGGGGCCUGAACUCGCUGGUGGAAGACGCAGCGCGGCCGGCGGCCUUGGAGCCCCAGCAGAGUCUGGGUCGCCAGGAUCCCGUGCUGCGCAAGUGCGAGCAUCCGAUCACCCUGCCCAAGCGCCCGGUGCAGGCCUGGGUGGAGUCCCUGCGGGGCUAUGACCAGGAGCGCGUGGGCCUGGCCGAGCUGCACCCCGAUGUUUUCGCCACAGCGCCCCGGUUGGAUGUCUUGCAUCAGGUUGCCAUCUGGCAGAAGAACUUCAAGAGAAUUAGCUAUGCCAAGACCAAGACCAGGGCAGAGGUGAGCGGGGGUGGCCGCAAGCCCUGGCCACAGAAAGGCACUGGGCACGCCCGACAUGGCAGUAUCCGCUCCCCCCUCUGGCGGGGAGGUGGCGUUGCCCAUGGUCCCCGGGGCCCCAAGAGUUACUACUACAUGCUACCCAUGAAAUUACGGGCACUGGGCCUCGAGGUGGCUUUGACCAUCAAGCUGGCGCAGGAUGAUCUACAUGUUGUGGAUUCCCUGGAGCUGCCCACCACAGACCCACAGUACUUGACAGAGUUGGCCCGCUACCGCUGCUGGGGGAGCUCCGUGCUCCUUGUGGACUUGACACAUGAGGAGAUGCCUAACAAUGUUGUGGAGGCCACCUCCAGGCUCAAGACCUUCAAUCUGAUUCCAGCAGUUGGUCUGAACGUGCACAGUCUACUCAAGCAUGAGACGCUGGUCCUCACCCUACCCACUGUUGCCUUCCUGGAGGACAAGCUUCUCUGGCAGAAGUCACGCUAUACACCACUCUACCCCUUUCACCUGCCCUACUGUGACUUCCCCUGAUGGAGCCCUGCCAGGCCUAACCACCAGCCACUCUGCAAAAAGAUGCUUCCAGAUGCCCCUGGGAGCAACCAGGCAGGCCUUAUCUCCUACAAGGGGCAAUUGUACUAAGGUUUGGUGAGUGCCUGCCUUGGUUCUCUAGUGUUUAAAAUAAAUGUUAUUUUUCACACAAAA